AGUUAUGAAGCACAAACACAGUUUUAGGCAUAAAUACAUAUUUUACCUGCCACUUGUAUGUUAUAUCCACCUGCAGAUGUGCCCGGUUUGUCAGUCAUGAGAGAUUUUGCACCUAAACUAGCUGCUGUAAAUCACAACAUGUCAUUACAUAAUUAAACAAAGACAACAUCAAUAUACAUGUUACCCAGCAAUCAUCAUUACAUAGCUGUAUAUGACAAAAACUACAAAAAAUAGUGAACUAUUAGCUUAACUAAAUGUUUUUAUUAUAGUUUUUAAAUAUAUAAUUUAUGUAGAAUAAGCAUAUGUUUUUGUCAUAGAUUGAUACUAUUUCACAAAAACAGAAAACCAUGAUGGAGAUGGGUUUGCCUUUUUGAGGGUGUAUAUAAAAAAUCACACCAUUUGUGAUUUAACGUGAGUACUUCUUUGAACAAUUAAUGUUAUGCACGUGUCUGUUUAAUUUAUGAUUAUUAUAACUACUUGUUUAUCUGUUGUAUUCUCAUAUGUAGGAGAGAAAUACUUUUUAUAUUAGAACAGAUUUCAAAUUAUCAAAGUUUAUUUAAAAGUUAAAGAAAAAGAUGCUGUGUACACUAAACAUUGAAAAUAGUGUUGGUUGGAAUGAGAGCAUUUGUAAGUUGUCUUGUGAAAAUAUGUUGCUACUACAAGUUGGAUUUUUUAACAGUAACUUUUAAUGGCACUUUCCUAAGAGAUAUUUUGCAUCAGUAAUCUCCAGACUUUGUGGAAUAUGUUCAGAAUGAAACGACAGACAAAGAAAAUAAGUUUGCAAUAUUUUGUCUUUUCCCCUCAGGUUUCUUACCUCUCCUGCAUGAUGUUUAUUCAUAUAUAUACUUUUUUUCAUCACAUCCUGUGUGCAAAUAAAAUUCAAAUUCAUACAUGGGUGUAUUUCCAGGUGGCAAGUGAGCUACUCCACCCUGGGGGGCCCCAGUGCAACCACACUGCCUGCACUGUCUAUAUAUAUGCCCCUGACACCAGACAUACAUUAUCAACAUAUAAAAAUGUUUUGUUUUCUAAUGUGUUUCGUGUAUAGUUUGUACAUAUAUGUAUUUACUUCAUAUGUAGGUAGCAUGUAUCUCAUGUAUUGAAAUUCAAUGCAUGUACAUGUAUCACAUUAUCGUCUGGGGAAGUACGAGUUUAAAAGAAGCCAUUGAACGCAGCACGAGAGGCGCGUCUGGGCGCACAGCUGAGGUGAGAGGAAGAAAAUAUGAUGAACUGAUGAAGUCUGACCGCACAGCCUCAAAAAUGUGGACCGAGGUGAAAAACAAGAGCAAAACAAUCAUCAGCAGCGGAAACAGCUCAAAGAUGGUUGACCCAGAUCUCACCAGGCAGCUUUUACACACCGUGCAGCACAGAAAUGGUUCGACAGCAGCUGCCACCCAUCCUGGCACAGAGGACUCUAUAGCCAGCAGCAGUGGAAUCAUCCCUGGUGCGAUUGCAGCCACAGUGUUCAUUGUCUUCUUACUCGGUCUCUACGCCGUCCUCUGGAAGUGCAUGGUGUCACCACCACAACGAAAGCACAACAAGGUGAGGGUGAGAGUACACCAGAGGACGUCUGUGUGAAGACCGGCUUCCAGGCGGGACAUUUUGGAUCUUAAUGAUGUGGACUAAAAUCUGAGAGCGGACUUUGCUCCCGGUCAGAGAGAAGCACCAGAGGGACAUAAAGCUGCUGAAGAAGAUCCUCCUGAUAGAUCCAAAGAUCAAACCACAAUAAUACUGACUCAGCUGAGUGGAUGUCACUAAUGUUUCCCUCGGCUUUACUGUCUGCUGGUGGCCCCUGUUGACCCAAAGCUCCAUGUUGAUGUGAAACACUUGUUUGGCGGGUCAGGUCAUGCUGCUUGUUUUCUGUGAACUCUGCACUACUGAGGGUCGAGGCUGCUCCGGCCACAGCUCGCUUCAGCCACCGAUAAGCUGCGUGUGUCUGAGAGAGAGACUGUGGUACUUUUUAGUAUGUAGAUUUUUUUAUUUGCAUGUUUUGUUUCUGCACCAGAUGGACAGUUGCAUUUCAAACAUGUCCUCUGUUGUGCCAUAGUACUUCUUAGUAGUAUUUUAUAGCACAUCAUGGUAUCAUUAGGUCACACUGAUGUCCAUUUUAGUUUGUCCUUGUUUCCUAAAGAUUUUUUUGGGGGAAACUCCUAAAGCUGCCCGGGUGUUCAGGACAAUCGUCCAAUCACCUCCGCUCGAGACUUUAUAUAGAAUAUACUGUGGAAAUCUAGAAAUGGAUUUUGAUUUUGUCUUCUUUAAAAUCCCCAUGGUUUAUUCACGUUACUCAGGAUGUUGUCACUACUGUAUGACUUUUGACUCUCUGUUAUGAACUGUGACUUUUUUUUUUUACAUUUAGUAAUAUGUGAAUAUGAAUAAAUGAUAAGAUCUGUGA